AACUAUUUUUUAGGUGAUAUGAUAGAAUAAAAGUUAUUUUACACCACCAUGAGUGUAGAAACAUUAGAUUCUUUAAUACUUUGGGUAUUAGAAAGGCAUUACACAUGCACAAGUAGAGGUUUGUGAACAAAUAUUUCUCAAGAAUAUGCCCCUCCUAGCAGUAUAAAUUAAAGCCAUUGGUGACUGGUGAGUGGCAUCAAACAUAAUCUGCAGUUAUAACAAGUAGUGAGAAUGGAGCCUUUAGGUGGGCUGAGCAAAAGAGGAAAACAAGAAAUUCAACCACAGAUUUCGGUACUAGGAAUGGAAUUGGGACGACCUUCCGAUGAGGAAGAAAAGGAGAAAAAAAGAAUUAAAGAUCAAUUAUUUCAAGCCUGCAUGGAGAAUAGGUGGACAGGAGUUAAGCAACUGUACAUCAACGACAAGUUUGCCCAAGAAUCCAAACUCACUAAAUCUGAAGAUACUGUUCUUCACUUAGCUAUCUCUUCUUACCAGCCACAUCGAGAUGACUCUUUACAGAAAACUCAUCUUGAUUGUAUUAAGGAUAUGGUAAAUAAAAUACCAAAGGAAAAUCGAUUGUGUAUCUUAAAACAAAAGAACGAAAAAGGAAACACACCUCUUCACCUUGCAGCAGAACUCGGAAGUGUCUCCAUAAUUGCGUGUUUGGUAAACCCACAAGAACCUGAACUCAUCUGGGAGAUCAAUUCAAAAGGGGAAACCCCUUUAUUCGUUGCUGCUUAUCGUGGCAGGCUAGAUGCUUUUCUCUACCUAGAUGAGUGUUGUCAAAAUGAAAAGAGCAGAAAAGAUCCAAUUGUACUUUGCAGGAGGGGAGAUGGGGAUAACAUUCUACAUGCAGCCAUCUCUGGCGAGUACUUUAAGUUGGCUUUUCAGAUAAUAAAUCGCUAUGGGCUACUUGUCAACCGUUUAAACUCAGAGGGCAUGUCUCCUCUACACUUUCUAUCUAGGAUGCCUCAAGUAUUCAAAAGUGGAAGCCAUUUUCGGUACAUAGAUAGCAUUAUCUACUACUGCAUAACUGUCGAAGAGCUAAAGAUAGAGAAAUAUAAAACUGAAGGCAUAGAAGACACAUAUCGUAGACUCCCAGAUAACUGGAAACUCCCAGAUAACUACCAAACACUGGUGGAGUUCUUGGAACUACUUUGGAAUGGAACUGCAAAUGUUCUUGAUUACAUUAAGGAAAUAUGUAGCGGGAAGCAAGCAAACAAGUCUAAAGCUCUUACUGAAGAAACUAAAGUGAAGCGAGAUAAGAAGUCUCCAGGCAAUCAAGAUGAUCCUGAGAAUCCCCCAAUUCCAGGUGAAGGCAUACACAUGUAUACACUGCAGUUGAAACUAAAUGCAACUACUGGAGUAACCAAUGUGAAUCAAGACAAGAAGUCUAGAGCUCAAGGGAAGAGAAAUGGCAACUUAUUUCCAGCCAACUACACCACCUUUAUCAAUUUCGUCAAAUUACUAAUGAAGAUUUUGCUAAUUGUAAUGGGUAUUGGGCUCCAAAGGACAAAGAAAUUAGAGGUAAAGAAGAAGCACCAUCAAUGGGCAGUUAAAAUUAUGAAGUUGAUGAUUGAGAAAGAAGAAAGUUACAAAUUCUAUGAAAAUACUGGGGAGAAGCCUGAAGAUAAGGACCUCUAUGAUCAAGGCCUCUAUAAACAAAUUGGAAAACCUCCUCCAGCACCUCCUCCAACAGAUAUUAAUUUAGAAAAAGCAGAAGAACCUAGUGACAUUGCACAGAUCAAGCAACCAGCAACCUCAAGCACAGAUAACAAAAAGAAAGAUGAUAUCAAAUCUGAGUUGUCGAAGACCAAAGCGACACCCCUAUUAGUGGCAUCAAAGAUGGGUAUCGUAGAGAUGGUGAAGGAGAUCCUUAAAAAGUUCCCCAUAGCCAUUCAAGAUACGGAUUCUGACGAGAAGAAUAUCUUGCUUUUGGCUGUAGAGCAUAGGCAAACAGCCGUCUAUAACUGGUUAAUAGGACAAAAGUAUCCAGAGCGCGUGUUUUAUCAUGUGGACAAACAAGAAAACAAUGCAGUACACUUAGCUGCAUUGUUUCAGAAGCACGAGUUGUGGCGCAUCCCUGGUACUGCGUUACAGUUGCAAGGCGAAAGGAAGUGGUACAAGUAUGUGAAGCACACUUUGCCAAAGCAAUCAUACGUCCGUUAUAAUAAAAAAGGUCAGACACCAAGAGAGAUCUUCAGAGAGACGCAUGCAAAGUUACUCAAAGAAGGCACUGAGUGGCUUGUCACAACCUCAAAUUCGUUCUCUGUCGUUGCGGCACUGAUUGCUACAGUUGCAUUUGCUACAGCUUCUGCAGUCCCAGGCGGAGCCGAUGAUUAUGGCCGUCCAUACCUUGAAAGUCAACCUGCUUUUUCAGUAUUUUCUAUCUCAUCACUUGUUUCUCUUUGCUUCUCUGUCACGGCCCUGGUGUUUUUUCUAGCUAUCCUCACAUCUCGAUGCCAACACAGUGAUUUCGAGAAAGACUUGCCAAGAAAGUUGCUCCUAGGAUUAACUUCGCUUUUUGCAUCAAUAACUGCUAUCUUGGUCUCAUUCUGCGCUGCGCAUUUCUUUGUCCUCCAGGAUAACUUAAGGAGAGCAGCAUUUCCAAUAUACGGGGUGACAUGCAUACCUGUGGUGUUUUUUGCAUUUAAUCAAUUCCCUCUCUAUUUUGAUCUCAUAAGGUCAUACAUCCAACAGCUACCACUUCGUAGCUAUAAGGUGUUUUAUAACGAGUCCUCAGGCGCAAGUAGCUCAGAUCAGACGAAAGAAGGUAAAGAGAAGGAUGAUUGAAACAGGUAGAGAUUAUGACAAGAGGUGAGCGUUUACUUUAGUUUUCCAAAUAAGACUGGGUUGUUGUGUUCCAAAAAAUGUGGAAUUCCAGGAAAGGUUUCCCUUCGCUGAGAGGAGGCGAGGUGGAGAUAUCAUUUUUCUGUGUUUCCUGAAUAAACUUGUACUCUCUAACUAAGAGUUACAUGGUUUCAUAUACGUUGUUUCUGUACUAAAGCUAGUUAAAAAUGUUUUUUGAUCCCUUAAUAUGAACUUGAGGGAAUCUUUGGGAACUCACCAUGUCUAGAUAGCGCAAAAAAUGUAUGUUCCUGUUUGUAAUCCUUAUUCGGAAGAAGAAAAGGCUCAGCUUUUCAA